AUGUCACAAACUAAAGUCAUAUCAAUAAUACGGCCAGCUCCAGAAUGCACCCUCGAUAACAAAGUCCCUGAAGAAACCACCAGCCAAUUGAACAUUACAGAAACUAUCUACAACAUGUCAAAUACCAACGUUGAAAUAUUGACUCAAAUCGUCAAAGAAUUGAGUGUUUCCAUUUGUAAACCGAUCCAUGAAUUUCUUGAUAAUAUAUUAGAGAAAUUCAUGUUCCCUAAAUCUACAAUGAAAUUGACCUCAAAUGAUAUCAACAUCUUGGGCAAUGCAAGAAUAUUGGAAAUCAUUUAUUUGAAUAGUUUGAUCGACAAAAAUGUAUUGAAUAAUUACAUUUAUCCUAUCAAAGAAGACAAAUCCAAUUUGAUUGAUUUGAUCAAUGUCUUACAAAGAAUCCACGAGAUAUUAAUAAUGUUUCUAAAUGAAUUAAAUCAAUCGAUCAAUCAUAACGACUUCAUCAAAGAAUUUCUCAUUCAUGAAUUAUUGAAUUUCGAAACUAUUUUCAAAUCAUUCAAGAAAUUCGAUUCCAUCAUGAUUAAAUUAUUUGAAUCCUUCCAAUUAACCGUCAAACAUAUAAAUAUAGAAUUCAGCGUCAACCAAUGUCUGCUGACAGAAAUUCAAACUUUUAUAAAAGAAAACAAGUCAAUGUACAAUCAAUUGAUCAUCAAUUCAAAUGGGUUUGUCGAAUAUUGUAAGAUAAACGAAAUCCCACGCACAUCCUCUCUUUCUGUAAAGGCUAAUAUUAUCAACGACCAUCGCUUCAACUUAUUCAUUAACAAAAGAAAGGAUGAGUUGCAAUUAACAGCUAGAAGAAUUUUUUGA